UAUCUUUUGUUCGGAGUACGGCGCGGUUUUGAUUGGUGCGCUUUGAUCCUCUGAUUUGAAGAAAAAUCAAAUAAAAAUCCGGGUCAUAGUUUCGGGCUGACUAGACUAGAACAAAAUCGUUCAACUCAACUUUGCCAGAGAUAACAAGCAAAGAGAACAUUCAGAAAGUGAAAAUGACAGGUCGAGGAAAAGGCAAAGCUCCGGGCACCAAGUCUAAGAGCCGUUCAUCCCGGGCAGGACUUCAGUUUCCUGUUGGUCGUAUCCAUCGUCUCCUUCGCAAAGGCAACUACGGCGAGCGUGUCGGCGCAGGUGCUCCAGUCUACUUGGCUGCCGUACUGGAGUAUCUGAGUGCUGAGAUUCUCGAGUUAGCUGGAAAUGCUGCUCGGGACAACAAGAAAACCAGGAUCAUCCCUCGUCACCUGCAGUUAGCCGUUCGAAACGAUGAAGAGUUAAACAAACUUCUUGCUGGUGUGACUAUCGCUCAGGGUGGAGUUCUUCCCAACAUACAAGCAGUGCUUCUACCCAAGAAGGCGGAGAAGAAACAACAUUAAGCUCCCAGCUUAAUAACAAACUCAAAACGGCUCUUUUAGGAGCCACCAAAUGUUGAUAACAGUCAUGUUCCAAUACAAAGAUAAGCGGCCUUAUAGCAAUACAUCAAAGUUACC